AUGGACAAGCGAAUGCUGACACAAGUGCAGUUGCGCGAGAUGGUCCAGGCGGUCAGGCCAGAUUCCUUCUGCACCUUCAUGAAGGAACCCAUAUUCAUUAUGCAGCUCACGAACGAGGAUGCUGACAGCUUGGUGGAGAAUGUCCGCUUGCAGCUCGGGGUGAUCGACUCCACAAGCUACUCCGCACUCACGGACAGUGCCGCGAUUGCCCUCCAGUUCACAGACGAUGGGAUGCCCGAUUUCUAUCCCAUCCCAAAGGAGAAGUUCCCAAGCUACGAGAUCCUGCCAGAUGGAACUAUCAGCUCAAAGGUCCACGCAACAGCAGACAACUUCAGGAACUUCUUCCAAGACAAGCCUCCCUCGAACGUACGAGAAGCUCGCAAGGUGGGAGAAGUCAAAAUGGUGUCGACCUUGGCCUUGGGUGUGUCACCAGAACAGAGCUUCAUCAUUGAGUCACCUUGGGGGAGCACACAAACGAAGAUGGCCAACCGCAAUGCUUGGGUCGUUGUUUGUGGACCAGAUGACAGUCCUGAGCUUUAUUUGUGCAAUGCAGCCCAGAGUGGUCUUCCUUUAGGCUACGUAGCUCCGUGA